CAGUUGCAUCCAUGAACGUACAAAGAACGGAUAAGGUGCGGUGGGACGUGGACGAUAGACUGAGCUCUGUUCGCCAUCAUCCUUCACCGGUCUCAGUUUUCUUCGCCCUCUGCACUAUCUGAAAUGGCGUCAGCAGCAUCUGCAUUUGCGAUUUCACCAUCACUCCCGACCGCAAGCUGCCGGAAACCUAAGAGGAAACCUAUUUCCCCGGCGAUUUUCUGUCAACGGGGUUCCCAAUUCGGGCAUCGAAGGGAGAUUUUGAAAGGCCUCACUCUGCUUCCUCUUUCGCUUCCUCUUUUCGAAUCGGUUCAUCCACUUUCUUCUGAGUCGAAAGAGAUCGAAGUUGGUUCGUACCUCCCUCCUUCUCAGUCAGACCCUUCUUUUGUGUUCUUCAAAGCUUCCCCCAGGGACACCCCGGCUCUUCGUGCAGGAAAUGUGCAGCCAUACCAGUUCAUUCUGCCCCCAACUUGGAAACAAACGCGUGUAGCAAACAUUUUAUCUGGUAAUUACUGUCAACCCAAGUGUGCAGAGCCUUGGGUAGAGGUGAAAUUUGAAGAUGACAAGCAAGGGAAAAUCCAGGUAGUGGCUUCCCCUUUGAUACGUUUGACUAAUAAGCCUAAUGCUACAAUUGAAGACAUAGGUAGCCCUGAGAAGGUAAUUGCUUCCCUUGGCCCUUUUGUCACUGGAAAUACAUACGACCCCGAAGAGCUCCUUGAAUCGUCGGUCGAGAAACUUGGUGAUCAGACGUAUUACAAAUACACACUCGAGACUCCUUAUGCUCUGACGGGUACACACAAUCUAGCUAAGGCAACGGCGAAAGGAAGCACGGUUGUGUUAUUUGUGGCCAGCGCCAAUGAUAAACAGUGGCAGGCAUCUGAGAAAGUUUUGAGAACCAUGCUUGAUUCUUUUCAGCUGUAAUCCCCCAACACAAAAUGCAAAUGAGAGAUUAUAUUCGAUAAUAUAUGCUUCCAUCUUCACAUAUAGUGAAGAAUGUUCUUUGAGUUCUUCAAUGUUCUUGUUGGCAGAGCAUUCUUUAACAUUAUUUAAUGGGUGUUCUUUUUAUUGGACUGGUA